AUGGUCAACAGCUCCAAAUACACUUCACCCUCAUCAUCAUCAUCAUCCAUUCGGUCAUCAGCUUCAUAAUAUAAACAACACAUAAGGCUUUCCGGAAUAGCUUCCGAUAGGAUAAUCCUUCCCCCAACAGAGAGAGAGAGAGAAAGAAAGAAGGGAAAGGAAUUGCGUGUGAACCAUAUUCCAUCGACAGUCUGGUACCGUUAUUCUCCCUAUAAAAAGUAUGACCCAUCUCCAAGAAUCCGUCGAGCCUUCAGCCGAGCCCGACGCAUGCCAAACCGAGCCUUCGAAACCUCUUAAAUCUAUCAAUCUCACCCUACCUGUCCAUUACCAUCCCCUCGAUCCAUUAUCGGCUGCAGAAAUCAACUCAGCUUGUAGGGCCGCAAUCGACCAUCUCAGUCAAACUCUCAAUCUUGGUAAAGUCGUGAUCACUUAUGUGAACCUAAUCGAGCCGAAGAAAGAAGAAGUAUUAAGAUAUCUAGGGAUUCUAAGGGAGACAUCGUCAACCGAGGAGGGGUGUAACAGGAACGAGCCCUCGAGGGAAUGCGAAGUAUGUGGGAUCGAAGUAGGGACCGGCUCGAGCUACUUGAUCGAAGUAAGACUGGAGCAAUCCGCCGCGACGGUCUCGAAGCCGCCAACGAAACUGCCCGACGGAGCUCAUUCGACCAUCUCAAUCGAAGAGGUCGACGAGGCCGAACGGAUCGCUAAGAAUGAUGCAAGCGUCAUCAGCCUCUGUCAGCAGGUCGGCAUCUCUAAGGAACAGAUCUUCGGCGAUGGUUGGGCCAUGGGCUUUGACUCUAGGUUUGGGAAUUUUAAACGCUUGCAACAAUGUUUAAUGUAUGCUAGAUUGGUCGAACAUGGAAACCUAUAUGCGCACCCGUUAGAUUUCGUCGUGAUCGUGGACAUCCUGAGGAAGAAGGUGAUCCAUGUAGAUUUCCCGGGCCAUCGGAUCCCGGGGCCCGAGAUAUCCUCCGGAACCACCCUGCCAUCCCCUCUACCUGCAACAACCUCAGACAAGGAUGGAAUCGACGAGCAGGACCUCCGCGUCGCUCUCCAUCAUUCCGGAAGAGAUAGGAUCCCUCCCCCCAGACGCAAAUUCGACUAUUUGCCUCACUUGCUCAAUCGCCGCUCCCUUGAACUAGAUAAUCAACCUUGGCAAAUGCGCCGGGAUUUGAAGCCGUUGCACAUCGUGCAACCGGAAGGUGUCAGCUUUGUAAUGGAAGGAAAUGUUUUGAAGUGGCAAAAGUGGCAAAUGCACGUCGGAUUCAAUUACCGGGAAGGUCUAGUGAUCAACACGGUGACUUACACCGACCGCGGGCAAGUCCGGCCGUUGUUUUAUAGACUUUCCCUGGCUGAAAUGGUCGUCCCUUAUGCUGCACCUGAAGCACCUCACCAUCGAAAAUUCGCGUUUGACGUUGGAGAAUAUGGACUAGGUAAUCUAGCGAAUUCGUUGAGUUUAGGAUGCGAUUGUCUGGGCACAAUACACUACUUGGACGCGGUCAAUGUAUCAUUAGAAGGGAAAGCCGUGGUGAUCAAUAAUGCCGUCUGCAUCCAUGAAGAAGAUGCCGGUGUCUUGUGGAAACAUAGUGAUCUUAGACCUGGCGGGCUAGCUCACUCCGUAAGAUCUAGAAAGCUAGUGGUGUCCAUGAUCUGCACUGUUGCAAAUUACGAAUAUCUGUUAUACUGGAAUUUUUUCCAAGAUGGCACAAUAAGUUUCGAUGUCAAACUCUCUGGAAUUUUGAAUGUGUACCUAUUGGCCGAAGGAGAAGAUACCGAUGGGUUUGGAACACGAAUUGCUCCAGGCAUAGUUGCGCAACAUCAUGCACACACCUUUUGUCUCAGAAUUGACCCAAUGAUUGACGGCUUGCAGAAUUCGGUGGUCCAAACAGAUUUAGUAGGAUUGUCGGAACCUACUGGGUCGUCGGAAAACUAUCUCGGAAAUGGAUUCAAAGUACAUCGGAAGGUACUCAAGCGCACGUCCGAAGGAGCCCAGAAAUAUGACCAUUCUAAAGGAAGGUAUUGGUCGAUAGUUAACCCAAAUAAGUUACACUACGCUUCCAAGGAACCGAUAGGAUAUAGAAUUGUGUGUAGAGAUCAGCCACCAAUGCUAGCUAAGCCGGAUUCCAUGAUUGCUAAAAGAGCCCCAUUCGCGAAACACGAUUUCUUUGUGACACCCUAUGUCCCUCAUCAAUAUUAUCCCUCCGGAAAAUUUGUGCCAGGCACAAUGGAAACCCCAACAGAUAGCAUUGAGAACUGGCUUGCUGAGGACAAAAGCAUCGAGAAUGAAGAUAUAGUAGCAUAUGUCACAUUCGGGGUGAAUCAUAUUCCGACUCCGGAGCAGUUUCCGGUUAUGUCGGCAGAAACGCUAACAGUCACCCUCAAGCCAAGUGGGUUUUUUGACCAAAAUGCUUCCUUGGACGUCCCCAACGCCAAAGACACCCAAUCGAGGCUGACUAGUAUGCCGCCGGAAACCCUCGCUAACCAUGAUCAGUAUAGCCAAUGCUGCCAAGAGCUGACUGACUUGAACGUCGGGAAACAAAAGUCUGAGGGGGAGGCUUUUGAGGAGAGGGAAAAUCCUCACGAGUUUGAUCACAUCGAGUAUUCUAAUGAUUCUAAUCUUGUUCUACAUUAGACCCAGAGAACCCUUGUAUCUGUAAAAAUAAAGAAAUGCUUGUUGUGUAUACUAUCACCCAAGACAAGAAAUGCAAGACUUGAAUACAUCGAAGUGGA